GUUAUUUUGAUAUUCAGUCUAACAAAGCGUGCUGCGCCAAAGUAUAGUUACCUAUAGUGCGUUCGCGCAUAAUGAUGCAGCGUUACCUGUUGCACGUGUCAAAACUAAACGCAUCGCACGUGCUCAAGUAUCUGUCAUUGCGUUCGAAUUUUUUUUCCGUCAUUCAUUUCUCAUCUCGUAUCCCCAUCGACGGCGGCAAUUGUGCGCGUACGAUGAGGAACUCUUGAUUCAAACUCGGAUAUUGCAAUCGAGAACAUGCGUCGUGGUUCGAAUUUUCCCGCUCGUUUUCGGCGAUGUGAUUCCGCGAUGUUCCGUUCCGAUGGAACACGUGGAACGCGGAAUGCCGGCCCACGGCGAUUUACAAUCAUAAACUGCGCGGUCGGUUUGUAUGUAUGUAUGUAUACGUAUGUACUUACCGCGGAAGCGUGGUUUUAUUAUGAUUUUUGAGCGCCAGGUGGCCGCGUUUUUGUUGUCGAUUUGCCGCUGUCGGCGGCGCGGCUCCUUCAGCUUCAGCGCCAUUACAUCGAUAAAUGUCAUCGCGGCGGCCGCGAGCGUGAACGCCGUCGAAUUUCCCUUCCGUCGACCUUCCCUUUUCACCAUCGCUCACCUCUCGCGGAGAACCGAAACUGUCGUUGGCAAUGUCGACCAAGCGAAAGAGCACGUCUGGCGGCACGUCCAAGAACCGUCCCAAGUCGCGCAAAGUCGAGUACGACGAGGAGGACAUUUCGAGUGAGCAUGAAUCCGAGGUCGAGGACGCCGAGGCCGGUUCUAACAUCGACGGCGAGGAUGCCGUUGCCGAGGAUACGCUCGCCGAUGUCUCCGAUAUACCCGAACUGCCGGCCCCAGAGGGUGGCUGGGGCAAGCCUGGAACAUUGCUCAUGUGUGGCCUUACAAAUUGGGAAAUGGCUGGUCGCAAAGCACCGCCUAAAGGGGUAAAAGCAAACGUAGGGCGCAGCCUGUGGACACCGCAUACUUUUAAAAACUUGAAUAAUGCAAGAGUAAGAUUGAUUGCGUCUGGUCCCGCUGCUUCCCACAGCAUUAUUGUUACCGAGGAUGAUAAAUGCUUGGCAUUUGGUAGAAAUGAUAAAGGUCAAUUGGGCGUCGGAGAUACAAAACGUCGCGAUGAGCCAACCGAAGUCGAAGCCUUAAAAGGACAUACAAUUAUAGGGGCAUCAUGUGGUCGCAAUCAUACUUUGUUCUUAACAAGUCGCGGUAUAGUUUUUGCCGCGGGCGACAAUAAACUCGGUCAAUGCGGGGUGGGCAAGAAUGACCCCUGUAUUGUAACUGCCAGCAAGGUGAAAUAUUCCGGUCCGCCGAUAGUGAAAGUGGGAUGUGGCGCGGAGUUUUCGAUGAUCCUGGACAUCAAGGGCGGCUUGCAUUCAUUUGGAUGUCCGGAGUAUGGCGCCUUGGGCCACAACACGGAUGGCAAAUACUUUGUCACGAAUACAAAGAUGGCAUUUCAUUAUGAAAAAGUGCCUAAGCGUAUUGUUUUGUACGUCGAGAGAGGUAAGGACGGUCAUGCGAUACCGUUGGAUCGCGUCGAGAUCACAGAUUUCAGCUGCGGUCAUUAUCAUACCGUCGCCAUCGACAGCAAGAAUCGUGCGUUCUCCUGGGGAUUUGGUGGAAUCGGUCGUCUGGGUCACAACGAGCAACGCGAUGAACUGGUACCGCGUCUGAUAAAAUUUCUGGAGCCGCCCAAUCGCGGUGUCCGUGCGGUAUAUUGCGGUAGCACAUACAGCAUCGCGAUCAAUGUGCACGGUUCCGCCUUAAUGUUUGGCCAGACCAAACGCACUGGCGAGGCCAACAUGUAUCCCAAGCCCAUCCAGGAUUUAUCCGGCUGGGAGAUUCGAUGCGUCGGUUGCUCGCAGACAAGCGUGGUGGUCGCGGCUGAUGAUUCCGUUAUCGCAUGGGGCGCCAGUCCUACAUUUGGAGAAUUGGGUUUUGGUGAAAUGCGAAAAUCAUCGACAACUCCGAUGGAGGUGAAAGCCUUGGAAGGUUUAUACAUUACCGCUGUUACAUGCGGUUUAUCUCAUACGCUUAUGAUCUGCCGAGACGAUACCGAGGAAGAAAGGGCCAAGAUUAAUAAACUGCAGGUGUACUCUGUUUAAGGUAUGAAAAGUGUAUUUCUUGUUUGCGUAAAUGAAUUUCUAUUCGCAACAAUAUACAGAUAAUUGAAUCGGAAGGAAGACUCGUUUUCAGCGAGUCACAGCUACCGGUUUAACUAGUUUUAACGGAUAUCCGGGAAUGAUAACAGUAGAUUGCCACGAAACGUCCAGGAGAAAUAUAGGAUUAGCUAUUACUCUACUUUGUACUUCCACUUUUUACUUAACGCGCGCGAAUGAAAGUUGAUCUAUGUAACAUUUGAGACUCAUUUUGUUAGCAGCUCAGGAUAUAGACCAAACAAGAUAGAUGCAAAAAGAUAUAUUUUGAUACGUUGCUAUUUUAUUGAAGUUUGUCGUAAUUUUCACCAAAAUGGAAAUAGUUAUUUGUAUGAAGAAACGGGAGAGAACACUGAAAAGAGAACAUUAUAGAAUUUAGCAGUAACUGCCUUUAUUUUUAUCGAUUUGUCUUUCUUAAUCGAUUUACAUAUUCAAAUAGUUUAUAUCAUUGAUUCAUCACAGUAGUACCUGAAUCAUUACAUCUGCAGGAAUCGUUUUUAUAAAUCGUGUACAAGAAUAAUCUUUGUACGUAAUUAAAGCAAGUGAACUAUUAUUCAAGUAGAUAAUAUCUUAACAAUUGUACGUGAAUUUUACAUUUUUUGGUAUGUAUUUCGUUAAAACUUCAUAGGAAAAUUAUUUAAUGAUUUUUUUUAUUUUUUUAUUUUUU